GCCAUAGGCAGCUAAGCGCGCUAUCUUUCAAGUUUUUAAAUUUAUUGAUUUAACAAAUGUAAGUCGCGAGAAAUUGUAUUGUAUUGUUGUUUAAUAAUUUAUACUUAAUUUAAUUAAGUUUCGUGGAUCAAUUAUAAAGUACGAAAAUGUCUGAUAUUUAUGAAACAACCAGACAAGUUAAGUUAUAUGACGAAGAUAUGCAUGAAGAAACUACGCUUAAUCUUUCAUCGCAAGGCUUGAUCGUAGUUCCGCAGAUUAAAAGUCAACUUUUGUGUAUACUUUAUUUACAAAAUAAUAAAAUUGAAAAUUUACCUGAUGAUUUCUUUUCCCCGGUGCCUAACCUUAUGUGGCUAGAUUUGAGAGAUAAUGAAUUGACUGCUAUUCCAAAAUCAAUUGAAAACCACAAAUCACUCACGCAUUUGCUUUUACAAAAUAAUAAAUUAACAUCUUUACCAAAUGAAUUGGGUACUGUUAUGACUUUAAAAGUACUUCAGUUGAGCGGAAAUCCGCUUAAUUAUCCGCCAAGAGAAAUAAUAAAGGUGGGAACGACAAAAAUAUUAACCUACCUGUACAACAAGUACAUUGAAGAAACAUUUGAAAAUGAAGUUUCUCAAUCAGAAAAAGCGAGUAACAGUGUCGAUUGUUUAGAUAAAUUUAUUUGUGGAGGUCGUAGUUACAAUUCAGUGUUAGACGGAGACAAGCUUCAAGAACAUAAAACUUUAUUAGUACAGUUCAGUGAGAAAGACGUUUGUGGUAAUGAUGAUGAAGAAAGUUACUCAAAGACAACAGGAAAAUGCCGUAAGCUACCUAAAUGUCGUACUAAAACAUUGCCCUCACACUCCCAGAGUGCUAAAUAUCUUAAACCUCUAACGACUUCCUCGAAAAUAGUGCAAGAUGAAAAAAUCAAACAAAGCUUCCUAACGGAUUUGGCUUUGCAGAGAAAAAAGGAUCUUAUUGCGAAGAGGGAUAAAAUUUUGCAAGGAAAGAGAAACAUUGAGCUUCUUCGCAAUUGGCGUAAAGAUUACAGAAAUAAACAGCUCACACUGUCUUUCGACAGCAAUACCUUUAAAAUAACCCCUAAAACCUACCCAUAUGACACAAAUCCUGAGUACAUGACCCUGCUUAGUAGGGAAGAUAUAGAAAAAGACUUACCAGACAAGUACAAAAAAAGGUUAUAUAGGAAGUCUAAGCCUACCGUGCCUAGGAAGAACAAUAAUGAUGUCCAUUUGGCUAUGAAGAUUAAACAAUUGUUUGAGAACUUGGAAGCUAUCGAUUUGAAUAGAGAAACAAUGUCGCCGAGGACUGAACAGAAAGUUCUUUUAGGGGAAAUACAAAAGAUAUCAGAAAUUAAACAGAAGCUGAUGGAACUUUCAACAACAAAUACAAGAUCUGUUGAUGACUAGCAAACACGCCAUAGAAAUAUACAUUACGUAACUCUAGUCUAGUUUUAUUAAACUUAUAUUUAAAAAAAACAUUUAUUUUCCUUUAUUAAUCUUUAUUGAUUCAUCAUCAAGAGGGCCGGCACCAUAA